AUGACUAGACAUCGUCGUUCAAUUCAAGGAUUUAUUUACACAAACACAUUCUCGAGUUUAACAUCACCAAUAGAAGACGUCUUCGUGAAAUGUAACAAUUAGACUACGGAAAAGCCGAACAUAACAAGAAAUUUACACUUCAUGGGUUGACUGUUUCAAAGUUGAACAGAGAGGAAUGUAAAUCGUAUAGCCAGGCAGGAUGUCCAGGAUGCAGAGAGACUCGGUGACCAAGAUGGAGAGGGAACUCUCCUGUCCAAUUUGUUUUGAGUUUUACGAAAAUCCCCUACAGCUAUCAUGUUUACACUCGUUCUGUCGAGACUGUAUUAAAGAUAUAAUUGGAACAAAUCCACCACUGAAUGUUUUCGAAUGUCCCCAGUGUCGGCGAAGGAUUGAGCUUGAUGACAAAGGUUUGGAUGGCUUACAGAAGAACUUUCAGCUUGCUAGUAUUGUUGAUGCAUACAAAACCCAUUUGCAGCACAACUCUCCGGAAGCACCUACCGAGAACCCAGUCUACACCAUUGAUCAACUAAUAGACUUUCUGAUAGAAGAUUGCGAGGAGUCUGAUUUGCCAUCCAUUGUCCAGACUGUUGAAACUAUUGUUGCAUCUGAUUUCCCCAAUAUACCAAUAGCGUGGGUGCUCAGAGAAUUAUUGAAGAAACUUGUACAAAGCAACGAUGAAAUCCGAUCUGUUACUCCUCCGGAAGUGUUUCCAAGAUCGCGCCGUUUGAGUCGAACAAAAGCUGUGGAUAUAGCAUCGGAUAGCUCAACAGAUAGUUCUGUAGACAACACUGAUUCAACUCAACAUGGAUCCCUAGAAGAGAGCCAUCCACAGAAUGUAGCAAGCCCACAAAGCAACAUAGCCCCAGAAGCAACAAAUAUCGGUAAUACACAAAGUACAAAUAAUGCAGAAAGAACUGCAGAAAGCCAAGAAGCCGGUCCUUGUGGAUUUCGUGAUCUACCCGACACUGCUGGUUCUGAAACUACAGAGCUUUCUCCCUUCCGCCGCUCAGUGAAGAAUGUGUUCAGCGGCGUCAACUUUACUCCCGUGACAUGCCGAUUGUACCAUAUUAUCCGGCAAUUGGAAGAGCUACAAAUAAAUAAAGAUGUGACUAACGAUCAAGAAAACACGGUACCAAAAGAAAUUUUGGAAGUACAGUCUUCACAUAACAUAGAACCAUCACAGACACCGAAAAUCAACUCAAAACUACCCACUGGCUUCAUCGACGACUUGGUUCAAGCUCAACAAAACAGAGUCAAGCUCCAAGAGCCGUCAGCCAAUUCCUCCGCCAGCCCGCUUAAAUUAUCAGAUGGAGAGCUUCGACAAGAAGUGAACGAGACACAACAGAGAUCUCGAAUACUGACCUCCGAGUUUAUUGCGAAGAUGCGAAAACAGCGACAACAGCGACAGAAUCACCAGGAGAACUCUUCAGAUUCUAAACUACCUAAACCUAUAAAUCAAAAUGGGGAUGAUACUGCCAAUGUCCAUUUGUGUGAUAAAGAACCAACAGAUGACAAAAUCGACGACGAAAAGAAUCCAAGGAGGGGCAUUUCAGUAAAAGAACGACUGUCUCUGUUUGAACCCGGCAAGACUGUAGAUAGCUCUUUGACGGCUAUCAAGGACAAGCAGGUGCCUCGUGGACCACCCACGUCAGUCCGCCCAAAAUACUCUUCAGUAGAUAUCAAAAAGCCACUGAAAGAAAAACCUCAACUACCACCUAAGCCAAAACCUGUUUAAAGUCAUAUUUCGUGAGCUUUUACCUUAGAAUUUUAUAUUCUUAAGAUGCAUAGUGAGAUGUAACAUUAGAAUUUAGUAUUCAAUCUUAUGAAACGAAGGCCUAAAUUUUUAGUAUUCUAAUUAAAAUUAAUGGACGUGGACAAUAAUAUUGAUUAAAAUUAAUGGACGUGGACAAUAAUAUUGAUUGAUUGUGCCUAGUGAGAUGUAACAUUAAAAUUGUGUUUUGUUCUUGAGAAACGAAGGCCCAUUUUUUAGUGUUCUAUUAAAACCUAAUGGAUGUGGAAACUGCCAAUAUACAAACUAUUUAAUUAUUAAUAUGAAAAGUCAAUCACUCAUAAACCUCAUCCUAUCAUUUAUAAGCAGGAGCGUCGAUCCAUUACAAUUAGUGCCUGUUUGUGUGUGUGUGGGGGGGGGGGGGCGUUACUCAUCUUGUACAUUGAAUAAACCAAAACGAACCCUGUUUAAUUAUAAGUAUAACAGUGCUGAACUUCGGUAUUCAUAUCUUGGUUUGGUGGCAGAAGAGGGAUUUCUUACUGUGCUAUGUGUGCCUUAAUUCAAGAAUCAUUCUUGAUUUAUCCUAAUUUGACUAUGAACUGGUUAUAGUUGUUCUUGUUGCGUUCGAUGAGAUAAAUAUCAAUGGCAUUUGUGAGUAAAGCUGUCGUGUUGCAAUGACAGGUUACUGAACAGACUAUAGUUCUUCGGUUCUCGUGAGGUUGAAAGAGAUAAAGGCAUUCGAAGAGAUAACUAAAAUCUCAUUUGUGGGUAAAGCUGUCGUGUUGCAGAUUACCCAACCAUUAAACUAUAGUUCUUACGGUCUCUUGCGUCGAGGGGGGUUGGAUGGCUGAAUGGUUAGCGCGCGCGCUGUAUCAUAAAGUCUGUCAUUGAGUCGACUGACGUGGUUUCGAAUCCCCGGUUGUACGUGGCAAGGAGUAGGGUCGCCUGUCCAACCUCGUGGGUUUUCUCCGGGUCCUCCGGUUUCCUCCCACUGCUAAAUACCCCUACGCGCAAGCGAAAUAUUGAAAUAAAAUUAAACCAUAUGUUAGUCCCGAAAUGACCUAGUUUGUGUCGAGUGGACGUUAAACCCCAUUUCUCUCUCUCUCUCUUGCGUCGAUGUAGAGGACACGGACAUUCAAAGAGAUAACUAAAAUCUCAUUUCUGAGUAAAGUUGUCGUGUUGCAAUGACAUGUUACUGAACAAUAGACCAUAGUUCUUCUGUUCUUGUGUGGAUGACAAAGGCAUUCGAAGAGAUAACUAAACUCUCAUUUGUGGGUAAACCUGUUGUGUUGUAAUGGCAGGUUACUAGACUCAAUACUCGAAUGAUCAAGGCUUUAAUCCUGGGGAGAAAGAUCUUCCUGUUUAGAAUUAUAUAAUAAUUUUACAAACAAAUUGAAUUUAUAUCGGGGAAGAACAGUGAUUACCAACUUUUGUCUGGGUCAUGUCCCCUUCAACACCUACAAACGUUUUAUGUCCACCUUUGGCAAUCCAACCAAUCAUACUUUUAAAAAUUAUAAUAUAAAAAAUAAAAUAUAAAUUCUACAAAUAAAAAAAAGAACUCAACAUAGUAAUAUUACAGUUCGCGUGGUGAUUGAGCUUGAUGCAAGGCGACAUUUAUUUUUUUUUUCAAACACCAAUUCAUUCAGAUGUAAUUAUUUUGUGACAGCGCCCUUUUUUCAAACUGCUCAUUUUAUAUAUAAAUUGCGCCCUGUGAGAUGUGCACACCAAUUUGGGAAUCAAUGCCUUAUACAAUGUCCAAAUUAUUUAGAGACAUAUUUUUGAUAAUGAUUUUGUAUUGAAUAUUUUGAUACGUUUUUAUUUUGUAUUGAUUAAUAAGAGAUUAAUAAAAAAUUAAUAUGAAAUGAAA